AUGAGUACAAUGAAUAUGGACGACGUAAAUAAUUCAACUAUAAUUCAACAAGCGCCAUCAAAUUUUCUUUUUUCAAAUGUUAAUAAAAUUUUAUCAACUUUUGUACCUGCACAUCAUCGUCGACAGAGCAAUGAAUUAUACAAAUCGAUCGGUGUAAAAUCUCAUGGAACAAUUACUUUUGCGGAUAAUAAAUCGAAUCGAGCAGAAUUUAUUCGCAUACCACCUGAUGCUCCUGUUAUGCAGGUUAAAGAAUUAAUUAGUACAAAAUGGUGUCAUGAACGACCAUCACUUGUUAUUUCAGUAACAGGUGGUGCAAAAGAUUAUAAUAUGAAACCAAAAUUAUUGAGAGCAUUUCGACGUGGUCUUCUAAAAGUGGCAAGUACAACAGGUGCUUGGAUUAUUACUGGAGGUAUGAAUACAGGAAUUAUGAAACUUGUUGGUGAAAUUGUUCAAAUAAAUCCUAAUCGCCAUCGCCCAAUACAUUUAAUCGGUAUUGCUACAUGGGGUUGUGUAGCUGGUUCUGAUCAACUUGAUGUUCAUGGAACAAAUGUACAUUAUGCUAAACCACAUGUUGAAGAAUUAAACGAAGCACUUCUCGAACCUAAUCAUACUGAAUUUAUUUUUGUCGAUGAUGGAAGUGUACGAAAAUUUGGUGGUGAAAUAACAUUUCGAGCUAGUCUUGAACAAGCUAUUUCAGGAGAUUUUUUUGCAAUACGAUCUAAUUCAGAUUCUAGUCCUACAUUACCAAAGUUGACGCCAACAACAUCUUUCCGUUCAGAACAAUCAGAUCCAAUACCUGUUGUUCUUCUUGUUGUUGAAGGUGGUCCAAAUACUGUUCGAACAGUUCAUGAAGCGGUUGUUGAAAAUAAUAUACCAGCUGUUCUUUUUGAAGGAACAGGUCGUUGUUGUGAUUUAUUUGCUAAAGCAGUCCGUCUUUACAAAGAAUAUCGUC